GCACCACUCGUCGCGCACAGUUUUGUCUCCCCACAAUGGGACCCCACAAACGGCCUCUCCCUGAUGGCUUCAGCGACGAUUCGCCCUUCUACUCGUCGCAAGUCAAUGCUUACCCAUCGUCAUCGCAGAGCUACGCGCAUCCGUCAUCGUCUCAAGGGCAUGGAUAUGCGUCAUCGCCUCGCGCCCCGAAGCAAACACGUACCGCAUACAAUUCACACACAUCACGCACCGUAUCAGGCUCGUCGCAACACGACCCUCUGGUCAUUGACGAUGACGACGACGAAGACGCGUCGCAAGAUGCGCCCGAUGCAACACAAGGAUACAACGAGCAGCAGUACAGCUACAUGUUGUACGGCGUGCAACAUGCCAAAAUUGUAGGAGUGAGAUAUUACGACGGGUAUGCAACUGUUGGGGAGAUGGUCAUUUGUAGAAGAGAGCCGCAUAACAAGUAUGACGCAAAUGCCAUUCAGGUGCUCAACGUGCAGGGUCAGCAGAUUGGUCAUAUACCCAAAACUGUGGCUUCGAAGUUGGCGAAAUACAUGGACCAGCGUAGUCUGCUCAUCGAGGCGCAAAUUACUGGUCCAAAGGGCGCCUUCGACUGUCCAGUUGAGCUCAAGUUCUAUGGCACAAACGAGCCAGUGGAGCGCGAGAACCUCCUGGCAGCGAUGCGCGCAGACAAACUCCCCAUUGGACACGCGGCAGAUCGCAAGCGCAAGGAGACCGCAGCCGAGAAGGAGAGACAAAAACUCGCCAAAGAAGCUGCCAAGCAGGCGAAGAAGAGAGGUGGUGCCGUUGUUGGUGCUGCUGGAGGCCUGAAUUACGAGAAUGGCAUGGCAGAGUUUAUGGCUGGCUCUUCGCAGGGCGUUGGUCCUGGGCCUAGCCUCGAAGACAUCAUCGGCGGCAGUGAGCGCUUCAACCCCAGGAAUGUCGAGAGUGUCGUUGAGGAAUUCGGUGUUAAGGAGAAGGAUUUGGCGGAAAUGCCCAAGGCAUCCCAGCCAGAAGCACUCGAGACAAAAUUGCACCCCUUCCAACUGCAAGGUCUGCAGUGGAUGUUGGACAAAGAAUCACCUCAACUCCCAGCUCAAGGCUCGAAGGAUAUUGUGCAGCUCUGGCAGCGUCACCCGAGGAUGCCGAACGCCUUCACAAAUCUUGCAACCAACUAUUCCAUCACUAAUCCUGUGCUUGCUUCAGGUGGUAUUCUCGCUGAUGACAUGGGACUGGGCAAGACAAUUCAAGUGAUAUCGCUCAUCAUGGCCGAUAGAGCCCUCGGUCGCCGCGAUCCUGACUCCUGCAACGCGACUCUCAUCCUGGCGCCAGUCUCAGUGAUGAGUAACUGGAGUACACAGAUGAAGAAACAUAUCAAGGACAAGUAUGCUCUCCGUGUCAUGUUUUGGCACGGCACACGAAAGCAGCCCAUUACACCUAAGCAGAUCGAAAACUACGAUGUCGUGAUCAGCACAUACGACUCGGUCUCGUCUGAGUGGUACUCGCAGAAGUCGACCAAUGUACCCAGGCAGUCCGGGGUCUUCUCUGUGAAAUGGCGUCGUGUUAUCCUAGACGAAGGACACAACAUUCGAAACCCCAAGGCGAAGAAGACAAUUGCCGUUACGAAUCUUAUGGCGCAGUCUAGGUGGGUACUCAGUGGAACGCCCAUCAUCAAUACCCUCAAGGAUUUAUACUCGCUUGUGCGUUUCCUCCGGCUAUCCGGCGGCCUCGACACUUUUGAGAUCUUCCACGGAGCUAUCAUGCGUCCAGUACUGCAAGGCGACGCACAGGGUAACAUGGCACUUCAGCUCCUCAUGAAAGGUGUCUGUCUGCGGCGGAAGAAGGAGAUGUCGUUUAUCGACUUGCGUCUUCCUGAGUUGUCGGAGUAUGUUCACAAGAUUAAGCUUCACUCGCACGAGCAGGAGAAGUAUGAAGCGCUAGAGGCACAAGCGAAGGGUACAUUAGACCUCUACAAGCACAAUGUCGGCAAGCAGAAUGCGGCGGAUACUUAUCGCCAUUUGCUCGAAGUUCUUCUUCGUAUGCGCCAGCUCUGCAAUCACUGGCAGCUUGUGGGAGAAGAGCGUCUUGACUCCAUCUUGAAGCAGCUAGAAGCGGAAGGUGUUGUCGACCUGACCGAGGAAAACAAAGUUGCUCUUCAGAAGAUGCUCCAGCUGUCUAUCGAUUCACAAGAGGACUGCCCCGUUUGCCUCGAUACUCUGAAAGACCCAGUGAUCACAAAAUGUGCACACGUAUUCUGUACGAACUGCAUUGAGAGAGUCAUAGAAACGCAGCACAAAUGUCCCAUGUGCCGCGCCGACCUCGAGUCUCUCGCUUCGACAGCUGUCAAGCCAGCGAAAGAGGUAUCUGUUAAACCAGAAGCACUCACGCAAGAUCAACUGGCAGACAAAGAGUCCCUCGAAAAAAACACAUCCAGCAAAGUCGGUGCUCUGCUUGAUAUCUUGAAGGCCUCUAGCCAGGAUCCGAGUAACAAGACUAUUGUCUUCAGCCAAUGGACGUCUUUUCUCAACAUCCUUCAGCCUCACCUCACUCUACACGGAUUGAAAUACACCAGGAUUGAUGGGUCGAUGUCGGCAACCCAACGCGACAUUGCCCUCGAGGCCCUAGACUCCGACCCCGAAACUACCGUCAUGCUCGCCUCCUUGUCGGUUUGCAGCGUAGGUCUCAAUCUUGUUGCCGCCAAUCAAGUCAUCAUGGCGGAUUCAUGGUGGGCGCCUGCCAUCGAGGAUCAAGCCGUCGAUCGUGUACACCGACUGGGCCAAAAGCGCGAGACGAAAGUGUUCAGGCUAGUGGUUGAGGGUAGUGUGGAAGAGAGAGUUCUGGACAUCCAGGAGGAGAAGAGAAAGCUCAUGGGCCUUGCAUUUGCGGAGAAGGAAGGCGGGAAAAAGAAGAAGAGGGCGGGAGCUGGGCUGGGGGAUCUUAUGAGGUUGUUGGGGCAGGGCCAGAGUCAACCGCAGCAGCAGACUCAGGACUAGGCAAAGACACGAAGUGUUUAGGUGCGGAUAUGGUUGGGUGUGUUUGGUUGUAAAAUAUCGACGGAUGGCGUUAUUUGCGGAAACGGAUGGGUUUGAUACAUGCCAUGGGAACAAGAUCAACGGAACGGCUACGGCUUUGAUCGGGCUUUGGAGUAGGGUUUUGUACUGUACUUCUCUCCAUGUUUUCUUACAUCAAUGGUUGAUUCGAGUUG